UCAAGUUUGAGUUGAUUAUAUAGUAAUAUUGUUAGCUAGAAAAUGUCUAGAAGGAAUAACUUUAAUAAUGGAAUGGCGCCAUCGAGUAUAUUGUAUGUUGGGCUUAUUCCAUUUGAUUGGGAUGAAAACAUUUUGAAAUCCGUAGUAAGCGGUUCAGGAAGAAUAGUUGAUGUAAGACUUGGAUUCGAUUAUGCUGGAAAAAACAAGGGGUUCUGUUUCAUUGAGUAUGAGUCCCCUCAAGAAGCUCAAAAAGCCAUGAAUUCAUUAAGUCAAAUCAAGAUAGCUGCGCCAAAUGGACGAGGACAAGUUAAGAAAUUAAGAGUUGAAUUAUCAAAAGAAGGAUUUAGAGCCAAUAAUAAUGAGCCAAAACAAGUAAUGGACCUUGACCACCGAUACUUACCGGCCUACGUCCAAUUACCCCCAGAAUUAGCUGGAAAUAACACUCCUAUGAACAGUCAUAUGAAUAUGAAUAUGAAUAUGAACAUGAACAUGAAUGUGAACAUGAAUACAAAUAACCAAUUCACACAAUCACCAAGCUUGAACACACCAAGAGUAGUCGAUAAUCCAAUAUCUCAAAAACAUUUACAAGCCACUAAGAAUUUACCACAAGUCGCCCAAUUACCAUUUACAACUCCAGAUAAGAUAAACGAAACUUUAAGUCAAAUACCGCCUCCUCAGUUAAUCGAAUUGAUUGCCAACUUGAAGAACAUCUUAAAUGGUCCAAAUGCAUCGAGAGCUGGUGAUGUUUUCCAGUUGUCUCCACAGUUGGCUACCACUGCUGCGCAAGCAUUAUUGUUAAUGGGAUUCAUCGAUUCCGAUGUUAUUACUGAAUCAAUGAAAUCUGCCUCGAGUACUCCACCCCAACCAUCCGUCUACGGUCAGCCAUUACCUCCACCUCAAAACUCUCCACCCAUCAAUUCAAAUAAUGGUAUAAAUAAUCCAAAUUGGGCUCAUUUCCCUCCUCAAACAAGGGCAAAAUUAGCCAAUUUACCUUCUGAUCAAGCAGACGCCAUCGUGCAAGUCUUAUCAUUACCAGCAGAUCAAAUAAGCUCAUUACCUGCUCAAUCUCAAUCCAUGGUCACUGACCUUAGAGCACAAUAUCUUUAA